UCGCAGGCGCCGAUCCGGGAACCGUGUCACAGUCACUAAACAGUUCAUGUGUUUAACUCGCUUUUGAGAUAAUUAAAUUUAUUUGAUUCAGUUUAAAUUAACUUUGUGAACUUCGCAAUUGAAAAAAAACUCUUGGCGGCGGAACAUCGGGUGUUUGCCAAACAUCCACCCUCGAGCCCAACUCAACGUAAACAGAGCAACGUAACUCAACGGGUGACGUCGUCUGACGUAUGGAAGAUAGGAACUACGCUUACGACCCGGUUGGUCAGACCGGCGCGCCACUCAACCAGCAAGCGUAUAGAAUGGAGGCAGGACAGCUGUGGCGGCAAUAUGCCAUCGCCGGAAUCGCGAACAUCGCGAUCGCGUCGACAGGUUACUCCAUGGGAUGGACGUCUCCCGUGAACCUGAAGCUGCAGAACACCACGGACAACCCCAUCGGCGUGCCCAUCACCAAGGACGAGGAGGCCUGGAUCGGUUCCCUGCUCACUGUUGGCGCUAUCUUCGGACCAUUCCUCGGCGGUUUCGCAGCAUCAAAGAUCGGUCGCAAAUGGGGUCUCCUCAGCACUUCGAUUCCUCUCUUCAUUGGUUGGAUCCUGAUCGCAGCUACCAAGAACGUUGGCAUGAUAUACGGUGGAAGAAUCUUCUGGGGUUUGGCUGUCGGAAUGUUGUUCACAAUCUCCCCUAUGUACUGCGCUGAAAUUGCUACCGAUGACUCCCGUGGUGCUCUCGGCUCGUUCCUGCAGGCCUUCAUCACGUUAGGUUACCUACUGAUCUACGGUAUCGGUCCAUACGUGUCCUACAUGGUGAUUGCGUAUGUCGGUAUCAUCUUCACGGCGGCCUUUGCUGUACUGUUCUUCUUCAUGCCUGAGUCACCCUUCUAUUAUUUGGGCAAAGGUGACCGGGAAGCUGCAGCAAAAUGCCUGGCAUCUAUCCGAGGCCGCUCUCACGAGGGUGUGCAGGCAGAACUUGACCUGAUGGCCGCUGAUGUCAACGCUUCUCUUGAGAAGACUGCCACUGUGGCAGAUGUGUUCCGCGGCAGCAACUUCAAGGCGUUCUACAUCUCUUGCGCGCUGGUGUUCUUCCAGCAGUUCAGCGGCAUCAACGCCGUGCUCUUCUACAUGACCAACAUCUUCGAGGCUGCCAACUCCAGCCUGGACUCCGCUAUUGCUACCAUCAUCAUUGGUGUUGUACAGGUGAUCGCUUCGUUCAUCACUCCCCUGGUGGUAGACCGGCUGGGACGCAGGAUCCUGCUCCUCAUCUCGUCUUGCGGAACUGCUAUUGGUCUCGGUCUACUAGGCAUGUUCUUCAUGCUGGCUCAAGCGGAGAACCCCGUGGUGGAGAAGAUUGGUUUCCUCCCCAUCUUGUCCCUGGUGCUGUUCAUUGUCACCUACUGCUGGGGUUUGGGUCCCCUGCCCUGGGCCGUCAUGUCUGAGCUGUUCCCUAUUGAAGUGAAGGCUAUUGCCUCGCCUAUUGCCACGGCUUUCUGCUGGGUGCUGUCUUUCUUGAUUACUAGGUACUUCAGCGCCAUAGCCGCAGCGCUGGGCAUGGGCGGCACAUUCUUCAUCUUCGGAGCGUGCUGCGUGGCCGCCUUCUUCUUCACGCUGUUCCUGGUGCCCGAGACCAAGGGCAAGAGCUUCCAGGAGAUCCAGGAUAUCCUUUCUGGCAGGCCAUCCAAGCCAGAGAAGGCAUAAAGUGAUAGAGUAAACCGAAUUUAUAUUGUGUGUUGAUGUUUAUAUGAAUAAUCGCUAGAUAUUAGUAUUACCUACGUAUCGGGGCAAGCCGAGUGCGAGGCCAUAGCGGGAAAGGAUUCAUAAUAAAUCGAUAAAAAAUCGAUAAUCGACCAAUUAGAACAACGACCAAUCGAGAGAGUAACAAUCGAUUUCAAUCGAGAAACAAAAAUCGAAUCCUAACAUAGAUGUGAGAAUGUUUUUAAGUACGGACAGAAAAUAAGUAUGAAGAAGAAAAUUGCAUACUUGACUUUUUCGUCGUUUGUACCUAUGGGCCCUUGAUUGAAUCCCUAUUAUCUUAGAAAAUAAGACAUAUCUUAUUCACCCACUGUUUUAAUGUUGAAUGGAGAUCAAAAUAAAUAGGUACUAUUUAAUAUUUAUUCCAGUGGAAAUAUAUUUUUAUAUGGCAACUUUUAUACGUACAUUUGGUCUCCAAACAACAGAAUUUUCAGUAAUUUAAUUUAGUAAAAUUGGAUCAUAUAAUAUUAUUUAUAAAGUUUCUGUUAGUGUUGCUUAAGUAAGUUUAUGUUCCUUUUUUUAUUGUUGGGGUCCAAAAUGACCCCAGAAUUUUGACCCCCUAAUAAAAGGUGGUAAUUUAAGUUAAGUGUCAACACUUGUAAGUACAAAUUAGUGGACGCCGAGAUCCGGGCAGAAGCAACUAUUUGUGAUAAUAGUUAAUUAUUUCUAUUGUACAUAAUUAUUUUUAACGGCUAAUCAUAUUUUGUUACGAAUAAAUUGUUUUAUACUAUGUGUUA